AUGGCAUCUUUAGAGGAGAUGACAAACAUAGGCCUCAAAAUUAUGCGUAGCAAACUUGCGCCGUGGCAACGAAUCGAUGCAUUGAAAACCUUCUUCUUUCCCUCCACCGUACACCUGAUGAGGAUGGGGACCUUCCAGAAGACAGCUUGGGAGAAUAUAGAUAACAUAAUAAGACCGGAAAUUAAAGCGACGCUAUACCUACCCCAGGAAGCGUCUAGCGAAUACCUGUACGGCAGCACAAACGGCGGUUGUUGUGGAAUCAGAAUGUUAGCCGAGGACUCGGACAUUGCGGCAGUUGAUAGCGCCUUUAAACUUCUAACCUCACCGGACGGACGAGUAGCCACCGAUGCGAGGAGCCACAUUCACACAACGACGGAAAAAAGAAUUGGCAGACCACCGUCAACAGAAGAGGUUGCGCUAUACCUCUCGGGUGAGGAUGAGGGUCCAUUUCGCGCAAAAAGAGGCACAGGAGUGAAAAGCGUAUGGUCGUGCGCACGAAUGGCCUCAAAACGCAACAAAGUCAAUUGGAAUUUCACAAAUAACUCCACGAUUAUAAAACACAUGGGCGUCGAACUAAAACCGAAAAAUGUAAUGCGAUGUAAUGCGCACAAUGCGAAACAGUUACAGAUCAAAAAGGAGUGCGGACCUCAUACUAAAAGCGGACCAAGGCAGGGCAAUGGAGUGCGCCGCAGCCCACCCCGCCGCGACACACUUUAUAAGAAACGGCGACUACACUAG